AUGAACCGAGCAAGUCGUGAAGAAUAUAUCGAGCAAGUUAUACCAAAAACACGUUUUGGACAAAGUAUGGCUGUUUUAUUUCAUUUAAAACGUCAUAAAAAGAAAGAUAUUUUUGGUCGAUGUCCAGUCGUAUCGCGAGCGCAAUCAUCAUUUUUAUUUGGAAACAGGACCCUACCAUUUGAAAUAUCAAAUACAGUCAUGUCUAUGAGAUCAAAUGCAGAUGAUAGUCAAAUGGACAAUCGUGUGCAAUAA